CUCCAACCUUACUCAAACAUUUACUCCUGGGGAUCUCUCAAGCAAGACUUCCCUGACCUCCAGAGACACACACUUUUGGACCUUUUUUUUGGACGACUGUGCAAGAAGCUUACUGAGAAGACAUGGUGUCGGCCGGCUUUCAGAUGUUGGGCUCUGCCCUGGGCAUUAUUGGGUGGAUUGGGUCCAUCGUUUGCUGCGCCCUUCCCCAGUGGAAAGUGUCGGCCUUCGUCGGCACGAGCAUUGUCACGGCUAUAACCAAUUGGGAGGGCAUUUGGAUGAGCUGUGUGCACCAGAGCACAGGCCAGAUGCAGUGCAAGGUUUAUGACUCGAUGCUGGCUCUUUCCACUGACCUCCAGGCUGCCCGCGCCCUCCUCAUCAUCUCCAUCAUGCUCGGCGUCGUCGCCAUCCUCCUUUCCUUCGCAGGGGGAAAAUGCACCAACUGUGUGGAAGACGAGGUCUCCAAAGCCAGAAUCGGCAUUGCAUCCGGUGUAACCUUCAUCGUUGCCGGUGUUUUGUGCCUCAUCCCUGUGUGCUGGACGGCGAACAACAUCGUAAAGAACUUCUACAACCCGCUGACGUCGGAGAAAAGGGAAAUUGGAGCUGCACUCUUCAUCGGCUGGGGGGCCUCAGCCCUCCUCAUCCUGGGUGGUGCACUCCUCUGUGCCAACUGCCCUCCCAAGGAUAACUUCUCUGCCAAGUACUCAGGUGGCUCCCGGCCAAAUGCACCCAAGGACUACGUCUAAGGAGAGAAGAGCCAAAGAGACUGAAAAAAGACUUGAGUCAAAUGCUUAGUGGUCCAUACAAUGGAUUCAUGUCGCUGCAAAAAGUACGAUUUCAAUUUCAAAGUGAUUUUAUUGUGCUCACAGUUUAGUUUGAUAAUUUCAUAUUGAGUUACAGCACUUCAAUAUUUGUUUCAUCAGUGCCAAAAUGGAGAGAUGUGUACCACACCCAAACAAUGUGGACUGAGUGACACAAAGCUUAAUCAGUGCAAGUGAAUAAAAAACCAUGUAGUAUAUAUAUUGGAACUACAUUUAACGUGUUAAUUUUGAUUCAUGUUUUUUUGUUUUCAUCCAUUUGUGCCCUUUUACAUAUCAUUUCAUUUGUGAAAAUGUGUUUUAUAUGUGAGCAUCUGAAACUGUAAAUAAAGUUUUUUUAUCAACAUUGAA